AUGACAUCUCACUCUACACUGGGCUGCGGGGCUGUGGACACUCGGGGUGUCUCCUGCAGUCGUGGCAGCCCCCAGGAGGGCCUCGUGGUCCUGGCUAGUCUGCAGAGGCCCAGUUGGGCCCGACUGAACGUGCCCACCUGCAGCCUGUUCCCACCCCGCCUCCUGGCAGGCUACAUCGAAGGCGUGGUGGGCGUGGCUUCUGCGGCCUGGCACGCGGCCGACCCGGCUCCAUCUAGGGCGCCCCGGGGUCCCCCGAGCACCGGCGGGAGCGGCUUCGGAGGGAGCGCAGAGCCCCGAGUGGCCCAAACCAAGCAGAACCCAGCUCUAAAGGGGGCCCAGACCGGGUCCCGGGGUCGCCUCGGAGGCGGCCCGGGCCAAGUGCCACCAGACGGACCUGGGCGGGGCCGGGCCGGGCCGGGCCGGGGCGAGGCGGCGAGGCGGCGAGGCGGGGUUCCGGCCCGGUGUGACGCCACCCGGCCCCGAGUCUCCCAGCCGCACCCGACGGCCAUGGCGGCGGCGGUCGCUGAAGCCGAAGCCGAAGCCGAAGCCGGAGCCGGAGCCGGAGCCGGGUCUGGCCCGGAGCCCGCGCCGCCGCCCGCCUGCCGCUUCUUCCUGGAGGGCCGCUGCCGCUUCGGGGCGCGCUGCCGCCAGCCCCACCCCGGGGCGCCGCCGACGCCGCCUGGGCCGCCGCGGGAGCCCGCGGAGGCCCGGCCCGAGGCCGCGAGCGGGGCCAAGAAGCCGCCGCUGCGCACGGCCGCCGACGUGAUCCGCCGCAUCCGCUGGGACCCGCGCCUCGACCCGGCCGACUUCUCGGUGGGCUACCACGACCGCUUCCUGGGCGAGCGCGAGGAGCCCUUCGGCGCCUUCUGCUGGGACGCGCCGCUCGCCGCGCUCGGGCCCGGGGUCCUGGCCGUGCCGCAGCACCGGCUGCUCUUCUUCCGCCACCGCGGCCGCCUCGUGUGGGACCGCCGCUCGCGCACCGACCGCGUCUUCGGCUCCGGCUCGCCCGCCGGCCGCGGGCCCACCAUCCUGGACGCGCUGGGCGGCCCGGAGGACGACCCGGAAGACGCUCGGGACGGCGGGGGCGUGCCCGGUGGGUCGGAGGACGACCUACAAGACGCUCGGGACGGCGGGGGCGUGCCCGGUGGGUCCGCGGGCCCAGGUGUUCGGGAAGGCGGGGAUCUGCUGGGAUCUACCGUGCGGCCGGUGGACGCUCAGGAUGGCGAGAACGAGCCCCGUGGGUCGAAGGCACCAGAAGAUGCGCAGGACGGCGGGGACGAGCCCGGUGGGCCACGGACAGCAGGUGCCCAGGGCUGCGGGGACCUGCUGGAAUCAGGGCGACCGGCAGGUGCGCAGGACGAUGGGGAUGCGCCAGGAGCGAAGGGGCCAGCAGGUGGAGCGAGGGACCUUGGGGCCGCCCAGGGCCCCGACUCGGAGCAGGAGAAAGGCAGGACUGGGGAAGCGGGAGCCACGGAGUGGGGGCUCGAGGCCUGGCCCCAAGGCGGGGAGCGCCCGGCAGCUCCCCGGCAGCCGCGUCCCACGCACUUCCUGGCGCUCCGGGUGACCGAGCCGGGCCUGCAGGCCGCAGUGGCCGCGGCCCAAGAGCAGCUGGUGGCCGCCCGGCCCGACUGUGCGGCUUUCUUUGUGCCCGUGCAGGCCCUGCACCUGACCCUGGCCCUGCUGAGGCUGGCGGGCCCCGGGGAGGAGGCCGAGGCUGCGACCAUCCUGAGAAGGGCGCUGGCCGAGCCAGGACUCGGGGCACCCCGAAGGCUGAGCUUCACAGACCUGGUGCUCUUGGGCCCUCAUGUGUUGUGCGCGCCCCCCACACCCUCCCUGGAGGGCUUGGCCGAAGCUCUGUACCAGAGGCUGGAAGCCGCGGGGCUGAGAGUACUGCAGCCUCCCAGGGGGCUGAACCCCCACCUCACCCUGGCCAAGGUGCCCCGAGGCAGCCAAGUCUGCCUCCCAGAACCACAGCGCGGGCCAGGGCCACCAAUGGGCCACCAGGCCCUGGCCACGCUCUGGCUGUGCCGCAUGGGGAGGGCCCAAGACGCAUACACAGCCUUGGCCGAGAUCCCCCUGGGCUAGGCACCACUGGAGACCCCCCCCCACCCAGCACAAACAGCAGACAGCAGCUGUUUUUUCUCUCUCUCUCUCUCUCUUUAAUUUUGGCUUCUCUCAAGCUUCCAAGUGGUGCUCAGCGCUCCAAGGAAAGAAUGAAGGAAGGAAAGGGGGGAGGAGGGGAGGGCAGAGGGGCGUCGGGGAGAAUCGGCCUGACAGUGCCGGGCAGCUGCGGGUGAGCUCAUGGCACCCCUCCGGUUACAUGGCAGGAGAGGGAGGGCGGGCCGAAAAGAAAA